GAAGAGCACCGGGCUGGCCGAUCGUGCUAGCCGGAUGGGUAACGUUUCUACUGCGGUCAAGCACUGCCUGAGCUAUGAGACUUUCUUGCGGGAUUCUCCUUGGUUUCCACGGCUCCUGUGGGAAGAGAAGUGCUCUGAACUGCCCAAGCUUCCACUUUGUGUCAAGAUUGUGGAGGUCGGACCGAGAGAUGGACUUCAGAACGAGAAGGAAAUAGUGCCGACAGAGGUCAAAAUCCAGCUGAUAGACAUGCUCUCUCAGACCGGGUUGCCCAUCAUUGAAGCCACUAGCUUUGUGUCUUCAAAGUGGGUAGCACAGAUGGCAGACCACACUGCAGUGUUGAGAGGGAUUAAAAAGUCUCCUGACGUUAGAUACCCUGUUCUGACUCCCAAUAUUCAGGGCUUCCAGGCAGCUGUUGCAGCAGGAGCUACUGAAGUGGCAGUGUUUGGUUCCGCCUCAGAGACUUUUAGCAGGAAGAACAUCAACUGCUCCAUUGAGGAAAGUUUGCAGAGGUUUGAGCAGGUCAUCUCUGCAGCCAAACGGGAAGGUGUACCAGUGCGCGGGUACGUUUCCUGUGCUCUCGGCUGUCCGUAUGAGGGACAAGUAAAACCGUCACAAGUCACAAAGGUGGCAAAGCGGUUGUUUGAGCUGGGCUGUUAUGAGGUAUCCCUGGGGGACACCAUUGGCGUAGGCACCGCGGGCUCCAUGGCCGAGAUGCUGAGCGAUGUGUUGACAGAGGUGCCCGUCAGCGCACUGGCGGUGCACUGCCACGACACUUACGGUCAGGCUCUGCCCAACAUACUCAUUGCUCUGCAGAUGGGGGUUUCUGUGGUCGACUCCUCGGUUGCAGGCCUCGGAGGAUGCCCGUAUGCCAAGGGAGCGUCUGGCAAUGUUUCUACUGAGGAUGUUUUAUAUAUGCUACAUGGUCUUGGAAUUGAAACCGGGGUGGACCUGUUGAAAGUGAUGGAAGCGGGAGAAUUCAUCUGCCAAGCCUUAAAUCGAACAACUAACUCCAAGGUCAGCCAAGCUACUAAAAACAUCCAGCCUUUUCAUUCUAAGUGAAAAGACAUACAAUGUGGUCCAAAAGUCUAAAACCACAUUCAUGUGCUGUAAACCUGCUUUCAGACUUUUGGCCUCUGCUAAAUGCUUUUACUUUGUUUGCCAUUUUAAGAGCUGUUGAUGCAGUAUUUAAGUUAAUAAUGUCUACAAUAAACUAUGUUGUGCCUUUAACAGGAAACAUGGGCAUUUUACGCCGAAGAAAUGAGCCUAUGCUUUUCGUAGUUUCUGUCAAGCAAAAAAUCCCCCGCUAAAAACAGAUAGCGAAGAAAAUGUGACAUGAGGCUGAUGACCCCCUAUCUGUGAGAGUAAUUCUUUUUUUCCCCCCUCACUGAUUCAUAUCCUUCUUAAAAUAGUCACAAUCAGACUGCAGAGAGCGCAGUGGCAGAGUUCACAGCAGGUUCAGAGCACUACAGAGGCGCUUAUUAUCUUUUCUAUCAUAAACUGUCAUUUCAAUAGUAUUAACAAUAAAUCUACAACAAUAUGGAAAAAGACACAAGUAUUUAGUAAACACAUUAGUCAAAACGAAUAACUGAAAUAAAGAAUCCUUUCACCGAGUAAUGCAGCCUGAUUGCAUGCAUGCUGUUUAAGUCACAUUAAUAUAGUCUGUGCAAAUGUGGACACUUUAUUUUAUUGUCAAAUACUCACUAUUAACAAAUUGCCUAAAUUGCUGCUUAUUAAUAGUAAGGGGUAGGAUUGAGGGAUAUAUAGAAAUAUACAGAAUAAGGCAUUUAUAUUGCUUUAUAAGUGCUAAUAAACAGCCAAUAUGUUAGUCGUGUGCACGCUACUUAAUAGUGAGAACUGGUCCUUAAAAUAAAGUGUUACCUUUUUUUUAAAUAUAUUUGUAGGGGUCAAAUCAUUUAAGCAUUAACAAUGUUUGAUGUAAAAUCUAAGAAAAUGAUCCUUAUUGCUGUACCUUAUUGUCUUUGCACUAAAUCGCUUAUUCCUGUGUUUGUACUAACAUCGCAUAUCUUUACCAAUACCUUUUACAGCUUUUUAACCUGCCUUCAUAUAGUUGUCGUGUUUGGAAGGUAUCAUUCUGGUUAUUAAAGGUUUUAGGUUUAUAUGUAUUAAGAUCAA